CUGUCCGAAGAAAAGAGGAAGGAACAAUCGCUCCGUACCGUGAUCUCUGAGCGUGUGAAACUUUUUCAUUCUGAAGUAAAUUGACCGGUCCGAAAGGAUGUCGGAAACAAAAGUACGGAAAUCCAAGGAGCCGAGCGGCGAAACCAUAGUCCUGAGCGAUACGGCGAUGCGGCACAACACGAGCGUGCUGAGUUUCACCCGGACGACAGUCUCCGUUCUGAGCGGAUGCUCUGCCGGGAUCCUGGGCCUGACAUCACUCUAUGGCUUCCUCUUCUACUUCGUCACGGCGCUGAUCCUAUGGGCGAUGUUGGUCGUGAAGAACCACAACUCGUGGCAGAAGUUUUUGAAGUCCAGGUUCACAUUCCUAACGCAUAGCCUCUUGGGAGGAUUGUUCACCUACAUACUCUUCUGGACCUUCAGUUAUGGGAUGGUACACGUUUACUAGGUAGAAGAGAGGAGAGUCCGCGUUGUCUCCAUAGAUUUUUGAUACUGUGUGGAUGGAUCGGCAUCGGGAUCACCUGCCGGUGUGUGCUUCGGAAUCAGAAUAAAAGAUAUGUCGGUAUUUUAAAUUAAACA